CUUCUUGACAAAAUUAUCUGUACUUUUCAAUUGGAAGCUAUACGUAAUCAGUUAAUGUUAGCUGUGAACGAGGAAUUUGUCGUUUCAAAUAGUAUUCUUGUAUUAUCAGAGAAAGACGAAAUUGCAGUUAUUCCACCACUUAGUGGAGGCUAAUAUGGAAACAUCAAAAAAUUUUGUCAAAUUACAGCAGGAAGAAUUAAAUAUUGCAGAAAUCAUAGAUUUAGUGACAUUUCCUAACUGUGGAGCAAUAUCUAAUUUUAUUGGUAUUACUCGAGACUAUUUUGAAAAUAAAAAGGUAGUUAGGCUAGAAUAUGAAGCUUAUGAAUCAAUGGCUUUAAAGGAGAUGAUCAAUAUUUGUACCAAAAUUCGUGCACAAUGGAAUGUAGAAGGCAUUGCUAUAUAUCAUCGUAUUGGAGAAGUACCAAUAUCUAAAGCAAGUGUUGUAAUAGCAGUUUCCUCUCCUCAUAGAGAAGAAUCAUUGAAAGCAGUAGAAUAUGCUAUCAAUACAUUAAAAACAUUGGUGCCUAUUUGGAAAAAAGAAGUAUAUGAAAUAGGAGAAACACAAUGGAAAGAAAACAAAGAGUGUACAUGGAUAAAUACUUUGAAGAGCGAAGAUGUUAAGACGACUGGAAAUAUAAAUGAAGAAAUAUCAGAUAAAAUUGUUAUUGAUCCAAAUCUUAUACAAAUUCGAGCAAACUCAGAGGAAUUAAAUCGUAGAAUAAAAUCAUUCAUUGAACGAAAACGUCAGCAAGUAAAUGCUGUAAAUGUGCAAGAGUUUUGUUGCCACAGUGAAAGAACUGAUAAUCAAUAUUCUUGUGCAAGAGUAGAUGCCAUUCUUAUUCGACGCAAAGAUUCCAAAAGUCAUGUGAGAGUUCACAGAGUAUUAAACACAUGGGGACCCCAAACCAUUGAUCAAUCAAUUUUACACAAAGCAGUUAUGAAUAAUACAAGUUAUAAUAAUACUAAUGGCUUUUCUGUAUUGGAUGAUAGAAUUUCUGCAGCAGAAUGUACAAUAGGGAUUAAUAAACCUGUGCCUAAAAAUAUUUAUGAAAGAUUGAAAAAUAUUGAAGAUAGAAUAUUAUAUUUAGAAAGCAUAUCACCAGAAUACAAGAAAUUUUGGGUAACAGAAAAUAUCACUAACUUAAAGAAUAUUUCAACAUGUAUCCAGAAAAGAACAUAUUCGAUGGCAGAACUUGAUUUUAAAUUAUAUGAAGUGGAAGAUAAAUAUGCUAAGAAGAUAAAAUAAAAAUUAUUAUAGUUGUAUAAAUACACAUAAUUUUAUAUACGAGAAAAUAUUGUAUAUAGUUUAUAUAUAUAUAUAUAUAUAUAUAUAUAUAUAU